AUGGCUUUCCGCCGCGCCUACUCCAUCAAGGACAAGCUGCAGGCCAUCGGACGCAUCAAGAAAGGCGAGCGGCAGGCCUCCGUGUGCCGAGACUUCGGGGUGCCCGGCGGCACCCUGCGCUGCUGGCUGAAAGACGAGCGGAAGCUGCGCUGGUUCUUGGACCAGCUGGGCGGGGAGGUGGGCACCCACCGCAAGAAGAUGCGCCUGGCCAACGAGGAGGAGAUCGACCGGGCCGUCUACUCCUGGUUCCUCGCCCUGCGCCAGCACGGUGUGCCCCUCUCGGGCCCUGUCAUCCAGGCCCAGGCGGAAGCCUUUGCCCGGCAGAUCUACGGCCCCGAGUGUACCUUUAAGGCCAGCCACGGGUGGUUUUGGCGAUGGCAGAAGAGACAUGGCAUCUCCAGCCAGCGCAUUUAUGGCGAGGCAGGGGGUGGCAUUGGCGUGGCGGGCGAUAGCCCUGCCCUCAAAGCCAAAGUGCAGCCUGGUCGGCCCUCUUUAGCCUCCUCUGACCCUCUUCCAUCGCUCCCCCCAUCCCCGGACAUGACUCCCUCCGACGGGGGAGGCUACACUGAUGAACAGAUCUACAACACCAGUGUUACCGGGCUCUACUGGAAGCUGCUGCCGGGCCAACUCCAAACACAGGGGGCAUGUGGUAGCCCACAAACUCCUGCACGUUCCCAGUCACGGGGGAAAGACCGUGUCACGGUGCUGCUAGCUGCCAACCUCACUGGCUUGCACAAGCUGAAGCCACUAGUGGUUGGAGACCUGCAGGACUCUCCCUGGCUCUGUCGCCAUGAUCUCCCAGCUUGCUAUCGCUACAGUGUCGGGGCCCGCCUUGGUCCUGCCCUUCUCCGUCUCUGGUUCUUUGAAGACUUUGUCCCCGCCGUGAAAAGUUUCUUACACCGUCACUGCCUCCAACAGAGAGCUGUGUUACUGCUCAGCUGCCCUCCAUCUUUUUGGGGCGGUGCUGAGGAUCCGCCCCAGGUGCAGACCCCGGACGGUUCCAUCCGAGCCCUCUUCCUCUCCAAGACAGUCGGGGGCUUGUCGGGAGGAGGCAGGCACAUCUCUGCCCCGCUGGGGCAAGGUGUGGUGUCCACCUUCAAGCAGGUGUACAAACGGGAGCUACUUCGGAUGGCUGCAUCAUGCGCGGUGGGAGAAGGGAAUUCGGAAGAGCCCGACCAACUUGGCAUGGGUGGGCUUCUGGACUUCGCCCAGUCCUUCCUUCUCAAGGACCUGCUAAACCUCGCUGCUUUCUCUUGGGACCUCAUCCCUGCGGGCACCAUUGAGAAAUGCUGGCUCCUCGGCUUACGGGCAGCCUUUGAGCCCAACCCUGGAGAGGAAGAAGAACAAGGGGAGGCCCCAGGUAGCACAAACAACUCGUCCUUUGGCGACCUCGCUUACCUGGCUGCCCUUCUGGGCAGGCGCCUGGCUCCAGAGGAGGUGGGGGAUUGGCUCCAUGCAGAUGACGUGGUCAUAGACAUCAGGGAAGGGGAGGAGGGAUCUUUGGGUUGGGAAGAUGAGGAGGAUGAGAUGAGAGGGGAUCAGGAGGUUGAGGAAGGAGAUGAUCUUCCGGUUCCCACAUCCCAGGAAGCUAUCCAGGGCCUGCAGAAGGCCUUGCGCUGGCUGGAGUGCCAGGACCGCCAGCGAGUGGGCCCCCACAAGCUGGUACAGCUGCGUUCCUUCAUCAGCAUGGCUCGGCGGCUGCGCCAGCCACCUAUUCCAUGCCUCAGCAAGGGCCAAAGCAGGUGA